AUGGCUGCUCAAUGGACACCUCCGCCCAACGGCCACCCUUGCUGGAUCAAUAUCUUUGCUACCGAUGUCCAACGAGCACGGACCUUCUACAAGACCGUUUUCGACUGGGAUUUCCGCUGCGAGUCGACAGGCGAGGAGGAAGAUCCGACAGAAGUCGCUCACUUCUCCUUUGGCGACACUUGCCCCGGUGGGGGUAUCACUAGAGUUGACCAGGUUGCUCAAACACGUGGGAAGGGAGGGGUCGUUCUAUACUUGUCGGUCGAUAACCUGGAAACUGCAAUGGAGGUACGACUUCGAGUUAAGUUUGCGAUAUCUGUGAAGGCAGAUCUCGUCGAUUCAGCCCUAUCCCCCGAAAUGCCCAGGAGCAACAACAUGACACACCAUGAGGAGCUACUUACUGACGUACCGUGA